AUGGGUAGGUUGGAGACUGUAGCGCGUAACAAAGGGAAAGGGAAAAGGAAAAUUAUAACGGUUCCAAAGGAGAUAAGUAUCCCUAAGAGUGGUGAGGUUGGUGAGAGUUCGAGAAUGGCAUCUGAGAGCGAUUCUAAUUAUGUGCCACGUGAAGAGGAGGUAGAUGAAGAUGACUAUGAAGAUGAAAAAGAAUUUGAGCCAGAGGCAAAUACUACUACAUCCUCUAAGACUAAAGAAAGUAUGCCGCGUCGUCCUGCUGGAGUGUUCGUUUUGUUCAAGUAUAAGAAGGUAGAAUACAAGAUUAAGGCCGGUUUCCAUAGAAGCACCAUUCUGAAAUUCAUAGAAAUAGUUGCGAAACUGAACUCUAAGAAAAGGAAGGAUGUGGAGGAUAUCGGUUUUGGAGUUCUGUUGGAGCUCAAGUGUUCCCAUUUGUCGACUCCACUCUUCAACUACUUGAUAGAACAAUUUAAGGCUGACAAAUGUGGCAUAAAACUGAAGGGCAAUCAGUUGUUGCCCAUAAAUGCGUUUGAGGUGCAUAACAUUUUGGGCUUACCUGCCGGUAUAAUGCCAGUGCCUACAUCCCAUCAGUUUUGUACAGACUGGAUAGAUGAGGGUGGAUAUCAGGAGUCGUUGUAUGUAGGCGAAUUGAUGAAAAGGGUUAUAGAAUGUGAAGCUGGAGAUGACUUUAAAAAGGCCUUUCUAUUAUGCGCAUGUGCGACUGUACUAACCCCAAACGGUCAUUAUCAUUCGCAUGUACAAGAAUUAUUGGCUGUUGACAAUGUCAAAGCAAUAAGUUCUUAUAACUGGUGCCUGUAUGUGGUGGACCAUGUGGUUGGUAGUUUAGGUGAUGCCAAGCUAAAAAGCGAGUAUGUUGGUUGCUUGAUUUUCUUGCAGCUGCUUUAUUUGAUGAGAUGUCAAGUGAAGUACCCAUGCUAUCCUACUAGAGAUAGAAACAGCCUAGCUUAUUGGGAUGAUGGCCUCGUAUGUGAUCGAUUGAAAUGGGAGGAACAGAUAGGAGGGUUUGGAAAUGGUCAGGAAAUAAGAAAAGAUGUAGAAAAUACAAAGACGUUGAAGAGAAAGGUUAAGGAAAUAGAGACUUUAAUGAAGAAGAAGUCAAAAAAGGAUUGUAGAGGUGAGGAGCAACAGUCUGCUGGUGAGCCACGAGAUGAAAAGGAUAGGGAGGAUAGGGAAACAGGUGCUAAGGGGGAAUCAUUUGAUGGGGAUGUAUUUUAG